UGGGAACGCACGUCCAGUUAGCUCGAGAAGUUUGAUGAAGUCUCAGGAGGAAAAAGUGUCUCAGUUGUAACUGAACUAUGGCUUCAGUCCAAAGUAUGAGACAGUUUGUCUGUGACCGACUAACUGCGGCUGCUCAAGAAAUAUUGGGAGCCUUUGAAAAGAAAAUUGAAGCUUACGAGUCAGAAAUCGUUCGCCAGCGCAGAGUGUUGGACUCCGUUGUCACGACUGAGACGAAGUUACACGAAACAGAGCUCACACAGACAUCUGUUGAUGAGGAUGACGAGGCUCUUCUGAACCAGCAGCAGCACUGUAACCAAGAGAUGAACUCCAGUUUGGUCCCACCAGAUCAUUCACAGAUUAAAGAGGAACAUGAGGAAAGGUGUGUCAGUCAGGAACGACAGCAGCUUGCGCUGCAACCGGAGACUUCAACUUGUACGGAAAGUGUCCACAGUGGUCACUCUCAGGCUUUGGACCCUGACCAAAUGAUGGGUAAAGAUCCUCAAUCAAGCAUCUCAAACAAAGAUAUAUUAUCUGGAUCUGACAGGGAGAGUUCUGCAGUAUUGGCAGCUGAGAGCCAAGAUGACAUAACUUGUACCCAUAGAAGUGCAACACCAAGAGGACUUCCUGUGUCAACACCAAAUAAGAAAAGCAAUGGUGAGAAUACAUCAGCUAGUACAGAGAAGACGUUAGGUGAUAAAACCAGCGAUUGGAACUCAACAUCAGGAACACAUACUGAGCCAACAGCAAAUAACAAAUGUAACAGUAAGGCCACAACAUCAACUAGUGGCACUGAGCUAACAGCAAAUGAGAGACAUUAUGAUGAGAACCCAACAUCAGAAGUAAAUAGUGAGUCAGUACCAAAUAAGAAAGGUCAGGAUAGGAACACAACAUCAGCUACAAGUACUGAGCAAACGUCAAAUAACAAAUGUAAUGAUGAGAACACAGCAUCAACCGAUAGUCCAGAGCCAACACCAAAUAAGAAAUGUAACAAUGAGAACACAACAUCAAAUGGAGAUACUGUGCCAACAGCAAAUAAGAAAAACAGUGAUGGGAAUAAAACAUCACCAGGAAGUGCUGAGCUGACAUCUUAUGAGAAACACAACAGUGAGAACACAACAUCAAGUAAAAGUACCGAACCAGCACUGAAUAACAAAUCGAACAAUAAGACCACAACAUCAAAUGGAGGCAACAAACUACCAAAUGAGAAAUGUAAUGAUGAGAACCCAACACCAGAAGGGAAUAGUGAGCCAACAAUAAGUAAGAAAAGCCAACAUAGGAGACCAACUUCUACUAGAAGUAUCGAGCCAAUACCAAAAAGGAAUUGUGAAAAUGAGAACAUAAAAUCUGCUAAAAGCAGUUUACCAACACCACCUAAGAAACCCAGUGAUGGGAAAAUAGCAUCAGCCAGAAAUACUGAGUCAACACAAAAUAAGAAAGGUAAUGAUCUGAGCACUGCACCAACCAAAAGUAAUGAGGUAGCACCAAAUAAGAAACCCAACAAUGGAAGGACAAUGUCUACAAGAAGCAAGGAGUCAGUACCUCAUAAGAGACGAAACAAUAGGAGCCCAACAUCAAAUGGAAGCACUGACCUGAAACCAAUUAAGAGACAUAAGGAUGAGAAUAGAUGUACAAAGCGAACACAAAGUGAGAAUUGUGACAAUGAGAGCACAUCAAAUGGAAGUACUAACCCACCACCAAAUAGGACAGAUGGGAACGCCUCAGGCAGUGGUAUCCAGAAUGAAGAUAACCCUUACAAGUGUGACAGUUGCGGUAAAGUGAUGACUAAUUUGAAAAACUACAAAUUUCAUAUGAAAUCCCACACUGUUGAAAAGAAUUUCAAAUGUGACACUUGUGGGAAAAUGUUCAGGGAGAGUUGGGAUUUGAACAAACACAUUGUAAUUCACUCUAUCACAAAGCCUUUCAAAUGCAAGGUCUGCGGAAACGGAUUCAACCGGCGUUUUAAUCUCGACCUGCACGUUAGGGUUCACACCGGGGAAAAGCCGUUCAAGUGCGACACCUGUGAUAAAAGCUUUAGCUCACGCGUGAACAUGAAAAAGCACGCGAGAAUUCACACAGGCGAGAAGCCUUACACCUGCAGCGACUGCGGGAAGGAGUUUGCAGAUUCUUCGUCUUUCAAAAAUCACUCGCGAGUGCAUUCAGGAGAAAAGCCCUUCACGUGUUUAUUUUGCAAGAAAAAAUUUGCCACCAGGACGACUUUGAAAAGGCACUCCAGAACGCACACUGGUGAAAAGCCAUAUAAGUGCAACCUGUGUGACAAGUUGUUUGGUCAUAGAACAGACCUGAAAGGACAUGUGAGGACACACACUGGGGAGAAGCCUUACAUAUGCAGCACCUGUGGAGGUCAGUUCUCCAGCUGGUUAAAACUCAACAAACACAAGCAUGUUCACAAAAGCGAUGCACAAAACGGCUCUGCUUAAAAACAAGUCUGCAUUUGACGCACAAUACCUAUGAUAAGAUGCAUACAGUACAAAGAUGUUUAAUGUUCAAACUGAUAAACUUUACUGUUGACAGUCUGUCAUUUUUUUCUGUAAGUAUUAACUCAUCUCUGAAUGUGAUGGCUGCAGCACAUUCCAGAGGAGGUUGGCUGGGACAUGUUUGCUUCUGGGUUACAUCAUAUUUUUGGUGCAAUGUGUAAGAUAUGGCUGUAAUUUUAGUUAAAACUGUUAAAGCAGUUCUGACAGUUUGUUAAAACUGUUUAAGUAUUGUGUUGCAGAGACAUCUACUGAAGCUAGCAUGCUACGGCCCGUCCUGUCUCAUAAUACCACCUCAAGAGGUGAUAGUCCAGUAUAGCCCCCUGUAGUUUCAGCUGGGAGAUGCAACACAGAGAAAUUCUCAAAAAAGUCACACACUGUACACAGAAAUCGUUGACAUUAUUGUAUUUGGAAAACGAGGAGAAGAAACACUGCCUCUCUGUUGUAUGAAUGACUUAACUCCUUGGUAACUAUGAAUGUAUUGUGAAUGUUUUAUUUCAUCAGCACAUUUUAGUCAGCUUUUUUCCUUAAACAGUGUGGUUGUAAUGUUGAUGCUUGCAAUUUGCACUUUGGGCAGCUGAUGCACAAACAUGAAUCACAAGUCACUUCUUGCAGGUAUAAUGUGCCUUCACUGAAGCGUGCAGCUCUCUACCCUCUUUCAGUUUGCUAAAUUUCAUCUUUGAUGAUAAUCAAUA